AUGGCAACUCCGAUGAAGGACGUGGUGAUCUCGGAGAAAGCUCCCACGACACUUCUGCUACAGAAACAUGCUGAUUUCAUAGCUGCUUAUGGGACCAAAAAGGAUGACUAUGAAUACUGUAUGACAGAGUAUCUACGCAUGAGUGGCAUUUACUGGGGACUCACAGCUCUUUCUCUUAUGGGCAAACUGGACAAAGUUGAUAAGCAAGAAGUUUUGGACUUUGUAAAAAAAUGCCAGCAUGAAAAUGGAGGAUUUGCUGCAAGUCUAGGACAUGACCCUCACCUGCUGUACACACUCAGUGCCAUUCAGAUCUUGUCCCUAUACGAUGCUGUAGACUGCAUCAACAGUGACAAAGUUGUGGAAUAUAUAAAAGGGCUGCAACAAGAAGAUGGUAGCUUUGUUGGUGAUAAAUGGGGUGAAGUGGACUCAAAAUUUUCCUUUUGUGCUGUAGCCACAUUGAUUUUAUUGGGCAAGCUCGAUGCAAUUGAUGUGGAGAAAACCGCUGAAUUUGUGCUCUCAUGUAUGAACUUUGACGGCGGGUUUGGUAGCCGUCCAGACAGUGAGUCCCAUUCAGGGCAGAUUUACUGCUGCGUGGGUUUCUUAGCGAUAACAGGAAGGCUCCACCACGUUAAUGUUGAUAUGCUUGGAUGGUGGCUUUGUGAACGCCAGCUGCCUUCUGGUGGACUGAAUGGCCGACCAGAGAAAUUGCCGGAUGUUUGUUAUUCAUGGUGGGUUCUAUCGUCACUGAAAAUCAUUGGACGGCUGCACUGGAUAGACAAAGAUAAAUUGGUGCAGUUUAUUCUUGCUUGUCAGGAUGAUGAGACUGGUGGAUUUGCUGAUCGACCUGGGGACAUGGUGGAUCCUUUCCAUACUUUGUUUGGCUUGGCUGGACUCUCUUUGCUUGGGGAUAAUUCUGUCAAACUAGUGAAUCCAGUUUUCUGCAUGCCCCAAGAGACAAUUGACAAACUUAACAUUCGAGUGCAUUUGCUAACCCUUUGA